UCCGCUGCGGGCACGGAGCGCCAUGGGCGGCCGCAACAAGAGGCACCGCGCCGGGGGCUCGGCCCACGCCGCCUCCACCGCAGCCGCCGCCACCGCCGCCGCCCGGGCGCGGGCCGCCGCCGAGGCCGGUGCUGCCGCCGCUGCUGCCGAGGCGUCGGGCGGCCGAGCGGCCCCGCGGCCGCCGCCCGCCUGCAAGGAGCCUCGCGUCAAGCAAGGUCCAAAAACUUACAGUUUUAGUUCACCAGUAGAUUCCAGUGCUGCUGCUGCUGCAAAUCUAGAUAAGUCUAUUCUUAAGGUAAUGAUAAACAGUAAUUUGGAGAAAAGGAUUAUUGAUAUAAUCAAUGACCAUAAAAAACAAAAUAAUGACAAAGGAAUGAUUUCCAGAAGACUUACGGCUAAGAAACUGCAGGAUGUAUACAUGGCUUUGCAAAGGUUUUCUUUUAAGACUGAACACAUUGAGGAAGCAAUGAAAAAUACACUUUUAUAUGGUGGUGAUCUUCACUCUGCGCUUGAUUGGCUUUGUUUAAACCUUCCUGAUGAUGCCUUGCCUGAAGGCUUUAGCCAGCAGUUUGAAGAACAGCAACAGAAACCUAGAGCAAAAUUUUGUUCUCCUGUGUCAAAAUGUGAACCUCCACCUCGCUUAGUAGAUAAGAAAAAGAAAGAGAAUGGCCCUGAAACUAAGGAGACAAAUGCAGAGAAACAGAAAGAAGUGAAUAUGAAGGAGUGGAUUUUGCGAUAUGCUGAACAACAAAGUGAUGAAGAGAAAAACGACUCUGUGAAAGAGACAGAUGGAGAAAAGUUUGACCCAAAUGAGAGAUAUGUACACCUGGCUGCAAAACUUUCAGAAGCAAAAGAGCAAGCAAGCAUCUCCAAGCAAGACAAAGACAAGCAAGGCCAGAAGGUGGCACAAGAGAAAAUAAGAAAAAUUCAGCAAGAAAUGGCAAUGCUUGAAGAGCAUCCUGUAUUUGAUCCAGCUGUAAAAACUUCAAACCGACAACAAAAUGAAAAGAAAAAAGCUCCCCUACCUCAAGCUCCUGUACCUCAAGAAACCACUUUGAAUUUGAGUUUGCUUGAAAAACCUGAAGGUGCUGCAAAGGAAGAGAAAGCCAAAAAGAAAGAACCACUAGAUGUAAGAAAUUUUGAUUAUAGUGCUCGAAGCUGGACUGGUAAAUCUCCAAAACAAUUUUUGAUUGACUGGUGCAGGAAGAAUUUUCCCAAGAGCCCAAACCCUGCCUUUGAAAAGGUUCCAGUUGGAAGAUACUGGAAAUGUAGGGUCAGGGUUAUCAAGUCAUCAGAUGAUGUAAUGGCAAUGUGUCCUACAAUUGUAACAGAAGAUAGUAUGCAAGCACAACAUCUAGCUGCAACUUUGGCACUCUAUCAUCUAACCAAGGGACAGUCAGUUCAUCAGUUGCUGCCUCCUACCUAUCGAGAUGUCUGGCUAGAAUGGAGUGAUAUUGAAAAGAAAAAGGAAGAAGAAAACAAGAUAGAAACUAACAAACCCCGUGAUAACUUUAUUGCUAAAUUAUUAAACAAACUAAAGCAACAGCAACAGCUACAGUCUGAAAACCAACCAAAAGUAUCUGAAGGUCCUGAAGAUUCCUGGGAAAAUUUAGUUUCUGAUGAGGACUUCAGCAGUCUUUCACUUGAGACGCCAGAAACAGAUAAUUUGGAACCUUCCAGGGUUUUGUUCAAAAAGCUGCAAAGUUCCCCCAAAUACCAGAGGCUUUUGAAAGAGAGACAGGAGUUACCUGUGUUUAAGCACAGAUAUUCAAUUGUGGAAACUCUUAAAAAACAUCGAGUAGUUGUUGUAGCUGGUGAAACAGGCAGUGGGAAGAGUACCCAAGUGCCCCAUUUCUUGUUAGAAGACUUGUUGCUAGAUGAGGGGUCAAGCAAGUGUAAUAUUGUUUGCACGCAACCGCGGAGAAUCUCAGCAGUGAGUUUGGCUACAAGGGUUUGUGAAGAGCUAGGCUGUGAAUCUGGACCAGGAGGAAGGGACUCCCUGUGCGGCUAUCAAAUUCGUAUGGAAUCUAGAACAGGAGAAGCCACCAGACUACUAUAUUGUACAACAGGUGUUCUGCUUCGGAAACUUCAAGAAGAUGGUCUUCUCUCGAGUGUAUCUCAUGUUAUUGUAGAUGAGGUGCAUGAAAGGAGUGUCCAGUCUGAUUUCUUGCUAGUUAUCCUGAAAGAGAUCUUGCAUAAACGUUCAGACCUGCAUCUGAUUUUAAUGAGCGCUACUGUAGACAGCGAGAAGUUUUCCAGCUACUUCUCGCACUGUCCCAUUUUAAGGAUUUCAGGGAGGAGUUAUCCUGUUGAGAUUUUCCAUGUUGAAGACAUAAUUGAAGCAACUGGCUAUGUUCUGGAGAAAGACUCAGAAUAUUGUCAGAAGUUCUUAGAAGAGGAGGAAGAAGUAGUGAUAAAUGUUACUACCAAAGGAGGAGGCACUACAAAGUAUCAGGAGUAUGUCCCAGUCCAGUCUGGAUCUGGUAUUGAUUUGUCUCCUUACUAUGAGAAGUAUAGCAGUCGUACACAGCAAGCAGUCUUCUAUAUGAAUCCUUACAAGAUCAACCUUGAACUUACUUUGGAGUUGCUUGCAUACUUAGAUAGAAGUCCCCAGUUCAAGAACGUUGAAGGAGCUGUGCUGAUCUUCUUACCAGGCCUUGCUCAUAUCCAGCAGUUGUAUGACCUCAUUUCAACUGACAGGAGAUUUAGCUUGCGUGACAGGCACAGAUUGAUAGCUUUGCAUUCUGUUCUUUCAACUCAAGAUCAAGCAGCUGCAUUUACAGUACCUCCACUUGGCGUUAGAAAGAUUGUUCUGGCAACCAAUAUAGCAGAGACGGGUAUUACAAUACCAGAUGUUGUCUUUGUGAUUGAUACUGGAAGAACAAAAGAAAAUAGGUAUCAUGAAAGUAGUCAGAUGAGUUCCUUGGAGGAGACUUUUGUCAGUAAAGCUAGUGCUCUGCAACGACAAGGAAGAGCUGGGCGUGUUAGGGAUGGAUUCUGCUUCCGAAUGUACACAAGAGACAGGUUUGAAAGUUUCAUGGAAUAUUCAGUUCCAGAAAUACUACGUGUGCCUUUGGAGGAAUUAUGCCUUCAUAUUAUGAAAUGCAACCUUGGCUCUCCUGAAGAUUUCCUCUCCAGAGCAUUAGACCCACCACAGCCACAAGUAAUUGGUAAUGCAAUGAACCUGUUAAGGAAGAUAGGGGCUUGCCAGUUAAAUGAACCCAAACUGACUCCAUUGGGCCAGCACCUUGCAGCCCUUCCUGUCAAUGUAAAGAUUGGAAAAAUGCUUAUAUUUGGUGCUAUAUUUGGCUGCUUGGAUCCUGUGGCAACCUUGGCUGCAGUUAUGACAGAAAAAUCACCGUUUACCACACCAAUAGGUCGAAAAGAUGAAGCAGAUCUUGCAAAAUCAUCUCUAGCAAUGGCAGUUUCAGACCAUAUAACAAUCUACAAAGCUUAUCUAGGGUGGAAGAAGGCUCGACAAGAAGGGGGGUAUCGUGCUGAAAUGACUUAUUGCAGAAGAAAUUUCCUUAAUAGGACUUCACUGUUAACUCUGGAGGAUGUGAAGCAAGAACUCAUAAGGGUGGUCAGAGCAGCAGGAUUCACAGCACCUACAACUCAGCAUCAAUGGGAUGGAAAUGGAGCCACACAAUCCCUUUCUCUCCAUGAAAUAGCUCUUCUUAAAGCUGUGUUGACUGCAGGGCUGUAUGACAAUGUAGGAAAAAUAAUAUACACAAAAUCUGUAGAUAUCACAGAGAAGCUGGCAUGCAUGGUAGAAACUGCUCAGGGUAAAGCACAAGUGCAUCCCUCCUCUGUAAAUCGAGACUUACAGAUAUAUGGAUGGCUUCUUUACCAGGAGAAGGUGAGGUACGCUAAGGUGUACUUGAGAGAGACUACUUUAAUAUCACCCUUUCCCAUUUUGCUUUUUGGUGGGGAUAUAGAAGUCCAGCAUCGGGAGCGUCUCCUGAUGGUUGAUGGCUGGAUCCAUUUUCAGGCUCCUGUAAAAAUUGCAGUAAUUUUCAAACAACUGAGAGCUCUCAUUGAGUCUGUUUUAAAGAAGAAGCUUGAAAAUCCUAAAAUGUCACUUGAAGAUGAUAAAGUUUUACACAUCAUCAAAGAACUGAUAAAAACAGAGAAUGAUAACUGAAACUGGACGUCAGUAACAAACCAUAGCUUUGGUAAUGGCAGGAGAAACACACACUCCAACACUAACUGAAAGUAUUUGAAUGCUUAGUGUGGUUGAGACCAGCCAUGAUGAAGGAAGACUGCAUGAUUUCUGGAUAGGAUUUACUUUCCUAUAUCAUUUUUAAAGAUGGAUGUGGAAUAAGUUUAGCCUUUACAUCAGUGCCAUUUGUCUGAAUGUAUGAAUGAUGGAAGUAGUUUAUUUUCAAUAUAAAAAUAGCUGUGGCCAAAUCCAGUUUUCUUUGUUUCUGCUCAAUGUACUAGUCAUACCAUUAAUGGUGAUGCAGACUGUUCGAAUAAUUCAAGAUUGAGUCCUGAAUCUCAGUGGGGUAGAGCUCUGUAAGAUAGAUGCAAACAGAGGACAAACAUUUAUCAUGUUGAUUUCUGAAGUGCGCUUUUUUUGAGCUAUGAGUUUGCAGUAUUAAAGCAAUACAUCUUACAGAUAUCUCCAUUUUUCUGUAUGGUUUACAUUAAGAAAAUGCUGUAACAAGAAGAUAGAACAGACUGCCCUGACCAGGUGCAGGGCUCAGCCAAACAUGAGUACUGAUCCUGUCCUGCCCCUUCUUUGUGUCUUCUCACACUUGCUCCUCCCCAUUCACCCCAGUCUUGUUUUUUCCUGCCUUAGACCCUUCCCCCAGGGGUACUGCAAUAAGCUUCCUCAUGCAUCCUAUCAUAAGCUUUGCGUAGUCUCACAAGCCCCCUCAAAUACCUCAUACUAUCCAUGAUGAUUGUGUUUGCCCCUUACUUAUUAAUAAAGUUCAGGUUGCCUCUCUUCACAGUUAUAUUGGAGCAGUUCCUUAAAUGGCUGAAAAAUCAGUAGCUGAAGACUCCACGUCUUCAUUAAUCUCUGUAUCACUUGCUCCUUAUUGUUUGUGCAUCUGUGUGUUUAACUCACCACUACCUUUGUUAUUUCUUUUAUAAUGAGUAUCUCAUAACCAGGUAACCUAAUGAACAACGCAAGGUCCUCUUACACUGUUUACAACAAUGAAUUGAAAAUUUCAGAUCACAAACAGCUUUCAGAAUGUGGAAAUUGUUUCUCUUACUUUUUGCCAUGCAACAAUUACAGUCGAGCAGAAACUCCAUGGGUACAGACUGAUGCAUAGCGCAGAAGAUUUUUUCAUCAGGAAAGAACAGAUUUUGUGCAGCAGAGGUUAGUAGUGUACAAAAAGGACAAUGAGGGGAAUGCAUGAUCUUGAAAGAGACCAAGCAGAACAUAUGGAGGUACCCACUUAAAUGAUUAAUAGCAGAACCGGUACUGCUGUGCUAAAAGACAACCAUCAGAUGAAAGUAAAACUAGCCUGCGAAUGCUAGCCUAUGCUCAACACUGCAAGGAGGUGGGUUCUUCUAAUAGGUUUCUAGGGCCUCUGAGGAAAAAGUAGUAAUCACAUCUGCUAUCGUUUUAUGAAUUGUGAUAAACCAGUCAUAGUCCAGCUUACCUAGAAAAGAGGGGGAGUGCUUUUUUUUUUAAUUGCUAAGUAUCCGGCACUUAGAGAAGGAAGCACUUAAACAGAUAAAUUUGAUGUUAACACUUUGAUUUUAUACUCCAUUCCUAGGCAUGUUUCACUUUUGUAGUAAAGGUGUAGCUAUUUUUUUAAAAGAUAAAUAAAUUGCAUUCCUGGAAGAUGAAAACUAAAUCUGCAUCCCAACUAGCCAAAUUUAAAGUGAUUGAUUUCCUAAUUUUUAUUCUAGUUGAGGUAUUUUUUUCCAUCCUUAGAACUAUAAAUUGGAGAUAAGUUUCAGUAGUUGGAGAACUGUUGGGCUCCUCUUUCUUUUGGAUUUGAAUUUCACACAUCAGUCAGUGUCUUAAAAUGGCUAAAUCUUAGUGAUGAGAAGAGCAUUGAUUUUCCUUGAGGUUUUUCUUCCUUACUUAACCAUGGUGAAUAUAUAUUUUUAAUUCCUUAUACGUAUGUUACUGUUGAAGUUCAGAGGUAUUCUUUGUGUUUCUCCAGCAUGCCCUGCUAUAUAAUCUUUUAAAGAAGUAUCCUUUUUUUCAUUUUUUUUGUUAAGGGCUUUACUGUAGUAACUAGGGCAUUGGUUACUGUCCUAAGUGGCUAACAGUUUUCUGCAAAACUGAUGAAACAGGUCGACCUGUGGUGUAUAGAUAAGCACAGUUAUCAUAAAAUUUAAGUGGGGAUAGAAAAAGACCACAGUGGCUUUCUGUUUCUGCAGUGUAUGCGAGCAGCUUUUGUGCCUGUGUUCUCCUGGAUGGAUGAACUUUCUCCUCUGUUCCCUUUAUUUAAUAAAUACUUCUUUUAAUACA